AGGAAGCCAUCGCAACAUCGUCAUUCGACAACUGUUUAUUGCGGAACUAUUUAACGAUCUUGUAUUUUGUGAGUGUUGAGAAAAUGGAGGAUCACUUAGGUCAGGUGUUUGAAAGAAAUUUCGGAGGUCGUGAUGUUGAAAGAGUUAGGGACCAAUUAAAAUCGAUCAAAGAUAAGAUUGCUGGAAAAGAAAAAGAAUUGCUUGAAUUGUGUGGGCAUGACAAUCGAUUGGAUCUAACGGAAAAAAUUAAAAACUUCAUUCAGUUCGGAAUUGAUCUGAACGCAAAGGACAACGGUGGAAGGAAUGCGCUCCAUCUUAUGUGUCGAAACUAUUCCAGCCCAAAAUUAACCGACGCCAUUAAACUUCUCAUCGAAAACAAAACCGACGUGAAUGCAAAGGACAACGAUGGAUUGAAUGCAAUUCACUUUUUGUGUCGAUAUCAUUCAAGCCAAAACUUAAUUAAAGCAAUUCAAAUCUUGAUUCAAUCCGGAAUCGACGCGAAAGCAACCACCAACGAUGGAUCAAAUGCGCUCCAUUAUUUGUGUCGAUACAAUGCAAGCCCCAAUUUAACCGACGCAGUUACAAUUUUUACGGACCUCGGAAUGAAUCUGAUGACAAAAGACGACAGUGGCUGGAGUGCGUUUUAUUAUUUGCAAAACAAAGAUAAGAAGGAAAUGAAAAUUUUCUUCGACCGCGAUGCUCUACUCGGGCGAGGUGGCUUUGCUGCGGUAUUUAAAGGAAAGUUCGGAGGUCGUGAAGUCGCAGUAAAAAGAGUUGAAUUACAUAAAGUCGACGAAAGAGAAGAAGAAGCAAUGCUCAAGUUAAAACAUCCAAACAUCGUAAAACUUCUUCACUGUGAAAAGGAUAACCACUUUAUGUACUACGCAUUGGAAUUAUGUGUCGCUUCUUUAGAUCAACUGUUUUUGAAGUCGGAUAAUCCUAAAAAAUACGAUGGACGUAUGCCACGUCAAAUCGUAGUUUUUUCCCAAUUAGCUUCAGGACUGGAACACAUCCAUUCAGAGCAUUUAAUCCAUCGGGACAUUAAACCGAGUAACAUCCUCAUCAUGAAAAGUCCUGGCAAAAAUGAAGAGAUAAUAAUCAAAUGGUCUGAUUUUGGACUGGCCAAAUCCGUCAAUGAAAAAGGAUUACACUCGUGGACUGGUGCGAGAGGAACCAGAACUUGGUACGCACCGGAAGUGCUGGAAAAGCUCAUCAAAGAAGAAAAGGCGGAACAGGAUGAGUUUUGGGGCACCGUCCAGAGCGAUGUGUUUGUCCUGGGACUCGUUUUCGGUUACCUUUUCUUGAAGGGAGAACAUCUUUACGGUUCCAGCGAAACAGAAAUUCAUGAAAACAUAAUUGAAAAAAAUCCGGUGAAUAUGCAAAAAAUUAAUGGUGAAUUGCACAACUAUUAUAAGGAUGACUUACUAAGGAAAAUGUUGGAAGACGACCCGAAAAAAAGAAUAACUUCGAAAGAAGUCGUCGAACAACUGGAAUCCAUCAACAAUAAGCUCACUGAAAAAGAAGAAGAAUUGCGUCAACUAUGUGCCCGUGACUCUUCGUCUGGUCUAAUAGAAAAAAUCAACGACUUAAUCCAACUGGGAAUUGAUGUCAAUGCAAAGGACAUCUUUGGACAGAAUGCGCUCCAUUUUUUGUGUCGAUUCAAUUCAAACUCGAAUUUACUCGACGCAAUUCGACUCUUAAUCCAACUGGAAAUUGAUGUCAAUGAAAAGGACAACGAUGGAGAGAAUGCGCUCCAUUAUUUGUGUAAAAACAAAUCAAACUCGAAUUUAAUCGACGCAAUUCGACUCUUAAUCCAACUGGGAGUUGACGUCAAUGAAAAGGACAACGAUGGAUGGAAUGCGCUUCAUUUUUUGUGUGAAUUCAAUUCAAACUCGAAUUUACUCGACGCAAUUCGACUCUUAAUCCAACUGGGAAUUAAUGUCAAUGCAAAGAGCAAAUAUGGAAAGAAUGCGCUCCAUUUCUUGGGUCGAUUCAAUUCAAACUCGAAUUUAACCGACGCCAUUCAACUCUUAAUCCAACUGGGAAUUGACGUCAAUGAAAAGGACAACGAUGGAUGGAAUGCGCUCCAUUAUUUGUGUAGAUACAAUUCAAACUCGAAUUUACUCGACGCAAUUCGACUCUUAAUCCAACUGAGAAUUGAUAUCAAUUCAAAGGACAAGAAUGGAUGGAAUGCGCUCCAUUUAUUGUGUAAAUGCAAUUCAAACUCGAAUUUACUCGACGCAAUUCGACUCUUAAUCCAACUGGGAAUUGAUGCUAAUGCAAAGAACAAAAGUAGAUGGAAUGCGCUCCAUAUUUUGUGUAUAUACAAUGCAAACUCGAAUUUAAUCGACGCAAUUCAACUCUUCAUCCAACUGGGAAUUCCUGUUGUAUCCGACGGCAACGAUGCGCGCUAUUUUUUACGCAGUUAUAAUAGAAUAAAGAACACGGACGAAAUCCUAAAACUACUGGACGAAGCAGCUCUCGUUUGAAUUCUGACUCGUUUCUGGGCGAUGCAAUGCGCUUAGCCGACGGUGAAAUUAAAAUAAGGAGAGUGUCUCAUACUCGAUAUCUUUAACCACUAAAAUUAUAAAAUUUCUCGCUUUCUCGGCUGUAAAACACCGACUGGUUGACUUUUCCUUUCAAAAAUACAAAAAUGUGACUGAA